UGCUGCUGGGAACCAAGCGUCAGCCGCAUGUCAUGAAACGCAUUGGUCCCAUGGCAUUUGUCGAGAUCGUCGGGCCCUUCUUUCCAUGCUUUUUCCUUGCGUUUUGCCUGCCAAGUUCCUGCGGGAUCAGUGUGAUAUUUGUGUUCCCACGGAGGGUUUGGUGCUUCGCGAUAUCAAGGCGGGCGUGGAUGUCGCGAGUGUGCAAGUCCUUUGUCCGCCUUUCACCCUCGAGCUCUUCACUUUCGGUUCAAAGAUUGAUUCUUCUGCGAAGCAAUCCCCCAGCGUAAUCUCUGAUCACAACUUCUUGACUUGAAUCGUACUCGCUACACAUUAUUACAUACCAAUUACCA